AAGAAAAAACUCAGCGUCGAAGAUAUCCAAAGUACACGGUGUUUCGUAUUUAACGGAAUGAUGAUAAUCAAUGAGCCAGAAUCAAUUUUAAACUGGUGCAUGAUCAAAAGAGGAAAUGCAGAUAUGACAGAAGUAUCGGUGAAGUGGGUCGUAGCAUCAAUCAAAGAUGCCACAUGGGAAUCGUGGCUGGAGCGGGAGGGGAGAGGGAUGAUGGGAUUCCAUAAGAUUGCACUAGAACGACAGCGGGAACAAGUGACGGCAAAUCGUCGGAUUAGGUACCCAUGCGAGGCUUCUUCUACCAGCCAGGACAGUCCACACCCCGACCCUUACAUCCGCGAAUUAGGCAGCAAUCAACUCUCGUCUCACGUUGCUUGGAGGCUUCUGUCACCGAAUUUUAGCUAUCAGGGUAUCUGGAUGGAGUCGAAUGAACGGCGGGGUAUAAUUGAUGCUGAGACUUGGGCUAUCAUAGAUCAGAAGCCAUUUGGGGGCUUUCUGUGAGCCCAGACGUUUUACCACAGCUAGAGACGAUUUUGCUGAUCGCAGAGUUUCCACCUUGCAUUCGGAAAGUGCGGGAUUUCGCUGCUACAUGUGCUGAUUUUUACGGGGCUUCCUGUCACCAGUAUCACGAGUUGCCUUACCUUUCGACUGCUGAUUAUCAAUAGUACCUUGUCGUGGUUCCACCUGCUACACAGCUCAGACGGAUCGUUCUCUGUAUUUUUCCUGGCUGUUUUGUACUUUUGCCAAUUGUCCGACCGUCACACAGGGGCAGCGAGAGUGGAUACUUGCUAUUUAAGUGGCUAAGAUUUCCUAGCAGUUUUAUGGGUGUGGUGUUGGAUGUAAUACAUAUAAAGGAGAUUGCAUAUGUUAAUAACAUAAGCC